GGCAGUCAGUUGGCCUUCAGACAGUGACGGGGGAGGACGCCCGCUCUCCGCUCCGCCCUGGAAUACCCCAAUACCACCCCCUCCACACCUGCCCCGCUACACCUGACACAUCGAAUUUGAAGAAGAAGAGGAAGAAGAAGAAGAAGAAGAAGAAGAAGAGGAAGAAGAAGAAGGAAGGAAGGAGGAGAAGAAGAGGAGAUAAGAAGAGAAGGAAGAAAGGAAGGAAAGAGAGAGAGAGAACACACACACACACGCACACACACACACACACACACACACACACACACACACACACACACACACACACACACACACACACACAAACACAAUGACCACCACCACCACAUCCACCUCCCUCCUCCUCCUCCUCCCCCUGGUGACCCCCCCGGUGUCAGGUCACGUGGCGCUGACCUUCCCCAGGGCGAGAAAUUAUGACCUCGACUUCUUGGACAGCUUCAGAACCAAGGCUCCGUGUGGUAUGCCCAAAGGUGAUGUGAGGACCUCGUUUUUACAAGGGUCGUCCUUCAACGUAUCUUGGCACCUGGCAUACCCCCACCAGGGAGGAUUUCGCCUAGAGUUACUUGAUCAGCAGGAGCGGCCACUUACAGAUCUUACGCCGGUCACUGCUGAGUCCAAAUACUUAACCAAUGAUGUCACUGCCCAGGAGCACCGCGUCACCCUGCCUGAGGGCCUGGCGUGCGAGGGCUGCACCAUCCGGCUGCUGCGCCAGGCCAAGGAGUGGGGGCCCAAGUACCUCUUCUGGUCCUGCGCAGACGUGGACAUCAUGCCCAGGUCGCAGUUCCGGGAGCGGUGCAGCGACAACGGUCGGUACAUCGUGACGCGGUGCCGCUGUAACAAAGGCUUCUACGGCGAGUCGUGCCAGUUCUCCAACGAGUGUGAGGAGGACAGCGACUGCGGCGUGUUCGGCCGCUGCGUGGACCUGCGCGCCACGACCUUCCCCAAGAAAGUGUGCUACUGCAGGGGCGGCAGGUUCGGCAACAAGUGCGCGCAGUCCUCCCUCCUGAACAACAAGAACGCGGUCAACCUCAGAGCGUACAACAUGAAGGUCUUAGCGCCUGAUCUCUCCUUGUACUACCGGAUUCUCAAGGUGGAGGGCGAGAUUGAGGUAGCGCUCGUCUACAACUCCUCCUCCUCCUCCUCCUCCUCGGUAUCCUCCCCCUACCUCGCCCUUGGAUGGAGGCCCAGUGGCAUUGACAAAAACUGCAAGGCGUUCCCGGAGGUUCGAGGCGCCCCGGGUGAAGCAGCGGGCGGAGCGGCGAGCGAACCCGAGAGUGAACCCGAGAGUGAGCCGGAACCGGACACCAAGGCAGAACCGGAACCAGAGGCGGAGAGCGAACCCAAAGCAGAACCCGAACCGGAAAGUGAACCGGAACCAGAAAGUGAACCAAAAGCUGAACCGGAGACUGAACCAAAAGCUGAACCAGAAAGUGAACCAAAAGUUGAACCAGAGAGUGAACCGGAGAGUGAACCAAAAGCUGAACCCGAACCGGAAAGUGAACCGGAACCAGAAAGUGAACCAAAAGCUGAACCGGAGAGUGAACCAAAAGCUGAACCGGAGACUGAACCAAAAGUUGAACCAGAAAGUGAACCAAAAGCUGAACCGAAACCAGAACCAGGAGCCGAUGGUGCUGGACCUCAGGGGGGUCUGCUGGUGCCCCGGGGGAAGAGAGAAGCCCCAGGGGGAAGUUCAAGGUUCAGGCGGUUCUCGGUUCCCCUGCUGAAGCCCAAAGCAGGAGAAGCGGUCGAGGUGAAGGAAGGGGAACCGGUUGACCCCAAAGCCGAAGCCGAAGCCGAACCGAAAAGUGAACCCGAAUCCGAACCAGAGAGCGAACCGAAGUCGAAGGCGAGCACCAGUUAUACCAAGACGCCCUAUACGCCCAAGGGGGACUUCCACGCCAUGGACUGCACCGAUGUCGUCAUGGGAACGGUCAGCGGGAACCAUUAUCGUGUACUGGACAUGUAUACGAGAGACCGAUCGACCCCCAAGAUUGACCAGUACUUCGGCGAUGUUGGUUCCUCUUCGCUUACGGCCGCCUUGGGAUGGGAGGAGGACGGUAUCGCGACGGUCGUGUUUAGGAGGAAGCUGGAAGCCACGGAGCCCACGGACCACAGCAUCACAAACGACCUCAUGCACGUUAUCUGGGCCAAGGGACAGGAAGAAGGCAACUAUGUACACUCUCCGCGCUCUGGCUUGGAGGCGGGGCAGGCCAGCACCCCGGACUUCUACCGCCCCGGGGAGUUUAAGUACCACGGCAAGCAGGGGCAGCGUGGGGUGAUGAGCCUCAACUUCAUGGAGCAAGAGGGCCUGGACAGCUCAGCCAAGGAGGAGGUCAACUGGUGUGGCGAUCACUUCCGCUACCCCCCGGCCUGCAACCCCGGCGUCGACUGCCAAUACUACGUCAAGUGGGAGUACGACGAUCGCCAAGACUACAUUGACUUCACCCUGCAGACCUCGGAGCUGGAGCGAUGGACCGGGGUUGGCUUCACCGAUAACACAAGGAUGCCCCUGACAGACGCGGUCAUCGGCUGGGUGGAGCAGAGUGGUCGAUAUUACAUAUACGACGCCUGGGCCAAGGGUUACAGCUCCCCAGUGGUGGACGCUAAUCAGGGCAUUAAGAACUUCAGCGGGAUCAUAGAAAAUGGGAUCACCACCCUCAAGUUCUCCAGAAAACGGGUCUCGGGUGAUCGGGAAAAUGACCUCAGCUUCACGGACGAUGGGUGUCUCUACAUGGUAUAUCCUAUCAAGGGUGGCAUCGUCAAUUUCCAGUCUAAGAAGAUCCGCAAACACAUUCUGACCCCAAUCAUAUCUCCCGAACGUGUCUGCAUCCGGUCCUGUUCAAAGUUCGGAGGCGCGGACGGGCGGCCCUUCGUCUACACCACCACCCCACAACCACCGCGGCUUCACUAUGCGGUUGAGAUGCGGUUGACGGACAUAGGGAAGGAUUUCGUGGUGCCGGAAGUGGGGUCAACCGCUUGGCACCAGCUGACGGAUCGUGUGAGGGACCGAGUGGGGGACGCCCUGCAGACUGUCCCGGGAUUUUUGGGCGCGGAAGUUACCAGCGUGGCUGCCGACGGUGAUGGUAACCUCCUCACCAAAAUGGAGGUGAUGCUGGAUGAGAUGAAGCACGUGGAUGAGGUGGGAGCCUUGCCGGAGCCCUCAGGUGCUGACGGCCAGGUGGGUGAGGACUCCAGGGUUCGCCAAGUGCUGCAGGAGACCAUUGCCACCGGGGCGCUCGGGAACCUCCGUGUGGACCCCCAGUACCUCCGUGUGUCCCCCCUCAGAGCGGAGGAGGCAAGCUCAGGCAGCCAGGUGGCUCGCUUACCUGGUGAAGAUGAGGACCCAGCCAUCAGGUUCCUCUCGGUCAACAAGGUAUGGAUCAUCCUGGGUGUCGUGGGAGCGCUGGUCCUCCUAACAGUCAUCCAGGCAGCCGUAACUGUCACCCGCAACAAGCACACCCAUCACCCAGCACCGCCUGUGUCUACCAAGGAGCGGCUCAUCACCAACUCAGGGUGGCGGGAUUACAGCGGCGGCGGCGGCUUGGCGGGGGCUCAGAACUACGCCUUCGACUCCACGGAAACUCGCGAGAACGGAGUGAACGCUCGCCGCCAAGGGAACGGACAUGGACGGGAGAGCGGAAGGGAGCGAGAGAGGGAGAACGCGAGGGAGAACGGACGCACACACGCACAACCACAGCAACAAACGCACUCCGUCCCACGCCCGACGUACACCAACGGACAUACAAACACACACGCACCCACGAACGCAGGAACCACGCACUCCCUCCACCGGCCAACCAAGAACGGAAGGGACGCAAGGGGUGGGAACGGCGCCCCCACACACCUCCCCCCCCAGUCUACAUACUCCCUACCCCGGGGCGCACAUGGGCCGUCCGCGGGGGGUCAUGUGCGCAAGCUCUCAGGCGCACACGAUAUGACCCCAGACUUCUAUUACUUGCCGUCACAGAGGAAGUAUUCAGGGGAGGUUGUGCGCGUCUACGUAGAUUAUAACAACCAGCCGCAGUGAGGAGGAGGUGGAGGAAGGGUGGAGGGAAGAGGAGAGAGGUGGAGGAAAGUGUGGAGAGAAGGAGGGAAGAGUGGAGAGAGGGAGAGAAAGAGUGUUGGAGGGAUAUUAAAAGCUUGCAAAAGAGAUUGUAAAGAGAGAGAACAAAGAGGAGAGAGAGAGAGAGAAAGGGUGGAGGGAAGAGGAGAGAGGUGGAGGAAAGUGUGGAGAGAAGGAGGGAAGUGUGGAGAGAGGGAGAGAAAGAGUGUAGGAGAGAUUUUAACAGCUCGCAAAAAAGAUUGUGUGAGGAAUUUUGAAAGAGAGCAAAAGAAUGGGAGAGAGAGAGAGGGAGAGAAAGGUGGAGGAAAGUGUGGAGAGAAGGAGAGAAGUGUAGAUAAGUGUAGCAAGGUAUGGGGUCACUUAAAACCACUAACUAACAAGAGCAGAGGCGCAUCAAGAACUUAAGUGUACCAAGUCCCGUAAAAUACCAAAACUUUGCGUCGGAGAGAUGGAGGGAAGUUUGGAGAGAUGGAGGGAAGUGGAGAGGGAGAGAAGUGUAGGAAGCAGUGUCGGAGAGAUGGAGGGAAGUUUGGAGAGAGGGAGAGAAGCGUAGGAAGCAGUGUCAGAGAGAUGGAGGGAAGUUUGGAGAGAGGGAGAGAAGCUGAGGGUCACUUAUAACUAAGACUAGAGAUUGUCAAGAACUUGUGUCAAAUGUCUGAAACUAGAACCUGGCGGCCUGUCCCUGAAGCCCCGAGCACUGAGGCAAAGGGCAGCUGACCCCACUGAUGCAAAAGGUCAGGGCUGGUGGGUCAGGUCAACUUGGGUCAGGUCAGCGAGUGCCCCGACGCUCACUGGGGUAUUUUAACUGAGGUAUUACGGUUUUUAAGGAGUGAGACAGCUGGUGACCCUGUGGGAAAGUGUUUUAGAGAGAGAGAGAGAGUUUUGUCUUAUCUCUCUCUCUCUCUCUCUCUCUCUCUCUCUCUCAGCUCACAGGCCCCACAGAUGUUCCCCCUCAGACACAUACCCCCCCUCUCUCUCUCUCUUAAGCUCACAGGCCCCACAGAUGUUCCCCCUCAGACACAUACCCUCCCUCUCUCUCUCUCUAAGCUCACAGGCCCCACAGAUGUUCCCCCUCAGACACAUACCCUCUCUCUCUCUCUUAAGCUCACAG